AUGCACAUCAGCUGGGUUGGAUUGGAUCUGGGAGCUGGCAGUGUAUCACGCAGGAGUGAACGCUACAUCAUGACGGUGCUCCCAAGCUGCGAGUCUAUUAAAGACGUGGACAGCGUGGUUGUCCAAGUUACGGCUAAAGAUGGAGACAGCACUACAGCAAACAACUUAGUGACAUACUCCUAUGCACCAACCUCAGAAGACUUUAGUUUGUUGAGCUCAGGGGCUUUUAUUUUGAAGAGACGUUUAAACUACAAUUUAGUCCAGAAAUACAACUUCCUUGUGACGGCCCGGGAUAAGUGGGGUCUAAAUGACACGGCCACUGUGACGAUUAACGUAGUGGACUUUGAUAACUUGAAUCCCUCCUUCAGCUACAACGUGUACCAGGCCUUCAUUCAAGAGAAUCAGGUUGGGCAUUUCCGGACCAUUGAGCCGGCGGCGAUAAAAGCUGAGGACGGAGACAAAGGGAUAAUGAUUCCUUUAACUUACAGCAUCAGUGCAGUGUCUCCAGGCAAAUAUCGGAGUAACUUCAACAUCGACUCCAGCAGUGGGGUUGUGUCUGUGACGACUGCUUUAGACAGAGAGGAAAUGGACGUCAGUGUGAUCGACGUCAGCAUCAAGGCGGCCCAGACAGACGACAUUUUGAAGACGGCUGCCGCUUUGGUGACCGUCAGUGUCGAGGAUGUGAAUGAUAAUCUUCCAGAGUUUGACAAGCCCAACUACUCCGUAACUCUUCUGGAAAACUCUCCUCUGGAUGCUGUUCUGUUCAAACCCGUCGUCACUGACCUGGACGAGGGAGGAUUUGUGGGAACUUUGCGGAUCGUUCCAGAUUCUGCUCCUUUCUCUGUCGGUGCUGAUGGGACGGUCAGAGUGAAGAACUCCACAGUUCUGGACCGAGAGACCACUGAAAGAUUCACAUUUCAGAUUGAAGCAAGAGAGGCGAAUCCCCCCCACAAUAAUGUAAUGGUGCAAGUCACUGUGACUCUUCUGGACGAGAACGACAACAGUCCUGUGUUCACCAGUAACACUUACGAGGGAAAGGUGUAUGCAAAUCAAACAGAGGGAAUGUCGCUGGUCCAGGUUAAGGCAGAAGAUCUAGAUGCCGACAAGAACGGGCAGAUCAAAUACUCGAUUGAAUUUGGGAACGACGACGGCUACUUCUCAAUCGAUGAAAACAGUGGAAACAUCGCGCUGGCUAAAACCAUUCCCCUGAAGGAAAACGUGCUUUUGGAGUUCCCUCUCUUCAUAACAGCCAGAGAUGGCGGCACGAUAUCCCGCUCCUCCUCAGCUCGGGUGAACAUUCGUGCUCCUGGUGACUCGAAACCUCAGUUUUUACAAAAACUGUACCGUGGCACCGUAGAAGAAGAGCAGGAGCCAGGAGUUGUUAUUCUUACGGUUAACUUCCUCGCACUAUCUGCUGAGCAUCCUCCGACUCUCACGGUUGUCACAGAUCCCGAGAAAUUCACCAUCUCCAACAGUGGUGAAUUCUCCACUAAAGUGAAGCUAGACUACGACGAGGCUCCACACAACUACACUGUGACGAUCUCCAUCUCUGACGGAUCCCACAGCGACAGUGCCGUGGUGGAAGUUCAAGUCACAGACGUCAAUGAUAACGGUCCUGUUUUCACCUCGAGUUCUGUCACAAAAUCAGUCCCAGAGGACGCGGAGCUAGGGUCCAACGUUACUGUUGUUCCGGCUACAGACAAAGACAGCAGCUUCAACAAGGAGAUCAGAUACUCCCUGAGAGGAGGAGAGGGGCGGUUCUCUGUGGACGCUGUUUCUGGCAUGGUGAGUGUUGCUGCUUCACUUGACAGGGAGACUAAGGCUAAGUACGAGCUGCUGGUGGUGGCUGAAGAUCAGGGUCGUCCAGUCCGCUCCGCCUCAGCCUCCCUGCUGAUUCAAGUCACCGACGUCAACGAUCACAUCCCAAAGUUCUCAGAGUCUGAGUAUCAAGCUGAAGUCCUGGAGACAGAGUCAACGGGUUCAAUCCUGCUAAGCGUAUCAGCUUCAGACCCUGAUGAAGGAGCAAAUGGAAGAGUUACUUACAGUGUAUUCCAGCAGAGUCCUUCGUCAGAUACUCCUGUGUUUGAGUUGGACUCUUCCUCUGGGACUCUGCGUCUGCUCCAACCUCUGGACUACAGCCGCGUGAAGGAGUACAGGCUGGUGGUUCAGGCCUCUGAUGGCGGGACUCCCUCUCUGGUAGGGAACGGCUCUGUGGUGCUGAAGGUGAAGGACGUGAACAACAACGCUCCUGAGUUCAGUAAGGAAAGAUACGAUGUGACCGUCUCUGAGAACCUGGCUGGGGGUUCGUCCAUCCUGAGCCUGGAGGUCACUGACAGAGAUGAGGAUUUGAUUUGA